CCAAAUGGCAAAGCACAAGGGGUGAUCAGGCCCCUGUGCUGUAUUUGCCCAGAGUUACAAAAUAAAAAUUCACAAAGCGAAACCGAAAGUUAACGACUAGGGAGUUUCCUGGGGUUUCUCACCCAGCAAAGGAAAGAGACAGAUGAGACACCAAGAGCAGCAGUCCUCCUUCUGUGGUCUCCUCCUUGGGUUCAGAAAUCUUCUUGACAGAGACACAUUUUCUAAAUCUGAUCCAAUUUGUGUCUUAUAUGUACAAGGAGUUGGGAAUAAAGAAUGGAGAGAGUUUGGAAGAACUGAAGUGAUUGAUAAUACUUUAAAUCCUGAUUUUGUGAGAAAAUUUAUCCUGGACUAUUUUUUUGAAGAAAGAGAGAAUCUUCGUUUUGACUUGUAUGAUGUUGAUUCAAAGAGUCCCAACUUGUCCAAACAUGACUUUCUGGGACAAGUGUUUUGUACAUUGGGGGAGAUUGUUGGUUCACAGGGAAGUCGCCUGGAAAAACCAAUAGUAGGAAUUCCAGGGAGGAAAUGUGGUACAAUCAUACUUACAGCAGAGGAAUUAAACUGCUGCAGGGAUGCUGUUUUGAUGCAAUUUUGUGCAAACAAAUUGGACAAGAAGGAUUUCUUUGGAAAAUCAGAUCCUUUUCUUGUAUUUUAUCGAAGCAAUGAAGAUGGCAGUUUUACAAUUUGUCAUAGAACAGAAGUUGUCAAAAACACUCUAAAUCCUGUAUGGCAAGCCUUCAAAAUCUCGGUCAGAGCAUUAUGUAAUGGAGAUUAUGACAGAACAAUCAAAGUAGAAGUAUAUGACUGGGAUCGAGAUGGGAGUCAUGAUUUCAUUGGGGAAUUUACAACAAGCUAUAGGGAACUUUCUAGAGGACAGUCGCAAUUCAAUGUGUAUGAGGUGGUGAAUCCUAAAAAGAAAGGAAAAAAGAAAAAAUAUAUUAAUUCUGGAACAGUAACUUUGCUCUCUUUCUUGGUGGAGACAGAAGUUUCUUUCCUUGACUACAUUAAGGGAGGCACACAAAUCAACUUCACAGUGGCUAUUGAUUUUACAGCAUCAAAUGGCAACCCUGCCCAGCCUACAUCUCUCCAUUACAUGAAUCCUUACCAGCUGAAUGCCUAUGGCAUGGCACUGAAAGCCGUGGGAGAGAUCGUCCAGGAUUAUGACAGUGAUAAGAUGUUCCCAGCUCUGGGUUUUGGUGCAAAACUGCCUCCAGAUGGAAGGAUAUCUCAUGAAUUUGCUUUGAAUGGCAACCCUCAAAACCCCUACUGUGAUGGUAUCGAAGGAGUCAUGGAGGCUUAUUACAGGAGUCUGAAAUCUGUGCAACUCUAUGGUCCAACCAACUUUGCUCCUGUAAUUAACCAUGUGGCAAGAUAUGCUUCUUCUGUAAAGGACGGUUCCCAAUACUUUGUGCUCCUGAUUGUGACGGACGGUGUCAUCUCAGAUAUGGCUCAGACUAAGGAGUCCAUAGUCAAUGCCUCAAAACUUCCAAUGUCGAUAAUUAUAGUAGGUGUUGGGCCAGCAGAAUUUGAUGCAAUGGUUGAAUUAGAUGGAGAUGAUGUAAGAGUCUCCUCCAGAGGAAAAUAUGCUGAAAGAGAUAUUGUACAGUUUGUACCAUUCAGGGAUUAUAUUGACCGAAGUGGAAACCACAUCCUGAGCAUGGCUAGACUGGCUAAAGAUGUCCUGGCCGAGAUCCCCGAGCAGUUUCUCUCCUAUAUGAGGGCCCGGGGCAUCAAGCCGUCACCUGCGCCUCCCCCGUACACCCCACCCACACACGUGUUACAGACGCAGAUAUGACUGUGCCCCAAAUGCUCCCCGCAUCAGCUGCACAUCAGUGAGAGCUGCUGAGUUACAUUCUGCACCUCGUGCUCUGUAAUGAACCAGGGAAUGAGAUACUUUCGCAGUUUGGGUUCAGCAGUUCUAGUUUAUGUGCUUUCUCGGAUCCAAAAUUAAUUCUCUUCCUAAACCAAAACUGUAAAUAUGGUUGUUGCAUGAGCAACAGAAAAAUUGUUUAAAUGCUUGAAGCAAAAUACAGAUGUCUUCUCUGAAUCUUUCUUUUUUCCUUUUUGACAAAACAGCUAAUUUCCAAUGUAUUAUUGGGAAAAAGCACAAACUAUGUUUUUAACUGAAAUAUUGUCUUCGACUGCUGUAUGUAUAAGAGAGCAGUCUCUCUGUAUCAAUGUUUACAUGUUACUACUUUUUAAAUUUCAAUACUUUUAUAACUGUUCUUAAGACUAAGAGUUUUGGAUAUUGAAUCCUUUGUCUUCUAAAUUGCAAUAGCUAUAAUCACAAGAGCAAUAUCUCUUUGAAUGACUGUCUGGACAAACACAGUUACAAAUAAGGGAAGAGAAAGAUGUUUAAUAUUUCUCAGUAAUUGAAUUGUCAUAAGAAACCGCAUCUGCUCAGUAAUAAAGUUUUCUGUAACAUUUGCCAAGUGUGGGAGUUUAAGCUUAGCAGAUGUGUACCCUGUAAGAACACGCAUUUUUCAUGGAGUUUGGGUUCUAAAUUUAGGCUGAAGUCUGUUUAUAUUUUGUAACACGAAGUAGAAAUAAUAAAAAGUCAAACAUUGUGAACUGUAAAUGCACAGAAAAUACUAUGUGUAAAUAGCAUUCUUAUAUUGUAAUGUUAUUUAGAAGGACUAAAACAAAUAAUAUUUAACUAUGAAUCAUGUAGCAGAUGUUUUAAACUUUUUAUUCCAUUGUAUCUUGUCUAGAUAUUUUAAUUCAAAGGGAUACUGGCUCUCGAAUUGGGAUUACUUGUUAUCACCUUUACACUUCUCUACACAGGGUGCACAGGCUGGAGUCUUCUGUGAAAUUUCCAGUUCAAUAUAUACAACCACGUGACUUAGUGCACAACACAUUUGUGAAAUAACCUACUACAUAUACUGACCUGCCUGUCCACUCUACAAUUAAUUGUAAAGAGUUUUUGCAUGUACAGUUUUUACAGUUUUUGUGAAGUUGUGUCUAAAUUAAAGCAUUUCUUCAGAACAAAUGGCCUUAAAUUCUCACAGAAUUCCUGGAAAUGAUUGUGAAUUGCCUUUAAAAACUGGAAAAGUAUAUUCAUUUAUUUUUCUUUUGUGUCAACAAUGUAACUUCUUUAUAAUAUUUUUCCUUAUCUAUACCCAAUUUAUUACUUGGUUUAUUUCUACUGUAUGUUGUUCUUUGUCCACCUUGACCUAGGGUGACUUUUAUAAGCAUGAACCUAUUUUAUUGAAAAAAAUACAUAGGUACACAUAUCUAACAGAAACUGUUACAAAACUGUAAUACUAAAUUGUUCAUUUUUAGGUAUGUAUUAAAACCUUUAAAAAGAA